AUGAAGCCAUCUGAAUCACGACUGACAGAGUCAAUAGGGGGCGAACCGCAGCAAAAGUCCGACCCUGGUGCAUCUCGAGCAGUUGUGCCAUAUGGGUUGCCUGAACUGCUUCCUAAAGUUGUCGAGGAUGCAAUAACAGUUAUAUUGAAAAUGGGACUUCAGUUUCUUUGGGUUGACAGGUAUUGUGUGGAAACCGAUGCGACUGUUAAGCAUCAGCAAAUUGCUGCGAUGGACCAAAUCUACUCGGGCGCAGUCUUCACAAUUGUUGCGGCGGUAGGCCAAAGCGGCGAUGAAGGUCUCCACGGGAUUUCCGAGGUCCGAAAGGAAGCGCCAUACGGCGUCGACGUUGGUCGAUUUUCAUACAUUCAGAUCAAAAGUGACCCAUUGAAGAGGUUCCAGUGUUCCAAAUAUCAACAAAGAGGAUGGACAUAUCAGGAAUUCAUCCUUUCCAGUCACUGCUUCAUAUUCGAGGCAGAUCAAGUCGUUUUCUUGUGU